GAAGGAUAGUUCGUGUCUACGCGCAAAGGCAUUCCAAAGACGCCCAACAAGAACAAACAGUUUACACACACAUUAAAAGCGGAGGCUCAAGACACUUCCCACCCAGCCCCUCCUUCUCUGGUGCACCUGGGGUUAGGGAGAACGCUCCGAACUAAGAUCCGCUUGCACGAAAAGUUGGAAAAGUAUCCUCAAGUCUCGUCGUGGCUUGCUGUCGGAAAUGGAAGAGCUGGCGAGGGAGUCCAUUAGCUUGCUUGGCAAACCUGCGCGGGACUCAGGAGGCCCCAGGUUGGGCUCCUUCGGCGCAAUUUUCAUCAUGCUUAAAUCAGCGCUUGGUGCCGGGCUUCUCAACUUUCCUUGGGCUUUCGACAAAGCUGGAGGAAUCCAUACUGCUGUGACGGUGGAAUUGGUGUGCCUUGUGUUUCUCAUCAGCGGUCUUAUAAUCCUGGGCUACUCUAGUUCCAUCAGUGGCCAGAAUACAUACCAGGCCGUGGUGCGGUGUGUGUGCGGGGCAUCCAUUGGGAAGCUGUGUGAGAUCUGCUACAUUUUCAAUCUUUUCAUGAUCUCCAUCGCCUUCCUUGUUAUUGUGGGAGAUCAGCUGCAGAAAUUGUGCGUUUCUAUCUAUGAGUUAAUAAUCGGAUUACCUGAGGCGGAGAUGCCCUAUCACUGGUACACAGACCAGCGCUUCACCCUCUCCGUCCUGUGCGUCACCCUCGUCUUCCCCCUCUCCAUCUCCAAAGAGAUCGGCAUUCAGAAGUACACAAGUGUUUUAGGGACCUUCGCUGCAACCUAUUUAACUGCGGCUAUGAUCAUCAAAUACCAUACAAUGCAGGACCAAGAAACCCCUGUUACCCCUAUAUAUAGUAGUGGUUUAAGUUCCUGGGCUUCGAUGUUCAGCGUCAUCCCAACAAUUUGCUUUGGCUUUCAGUGUCACGAGUCCUGCAUAGCCAUCUACAGCAGUAUGGAGAACAAGAAGCUCUCCCAUUGGGUGUUCAUCUCUGUGGUGUCCAUGAUUAUCUGCUUGGUCAUCUACUCUCUUACUGGGGUGUAUGGGUACCUCACCUUUGGCAGGCGAGUGGCCCCAGAUGUCCUGAUGUCGUACACAGGGGAUGAUCUCCUCAUGAUCGUCGCCCGGCUUCUGUUUGGAAUUUCUAUCAUCACCAUCUAUCCCAUAGUGCUCUUGCUCGGAAGGUCUGUGAUUCAGGACCCGCUGCUGAAUUUGAGAAGCAAGUGCAACGUUGUAACAGAAUCAUACGAGAUGUACACCCGCUUGGUGCUGACGAUAGCUUGGAUCGGCAUCACCCUCCUCGUGGCUGUUUUUGUCCCUGACAUCAGUAAAGUUAUCAGUGUCAUUGGGGGGAUUGGUGCGUUCUUCAUAUUCAUCUUCCCAGGUCUCUGCCUUGUAUUUGCAGUCCAGACAGAGCCCAUCUCUCCCUAUCUGAGGGUGAUUCUGACUGCAUGGGGUGUGAUCACGCUUAUCUGCGGCGCCUUCAUCUUCGGACAGAGCACAUCCAUAGCCAUCAUGCAGGUCCUGAACAAAAUCUAAUCUGUCUCUCUCCGUGCCCUCAGCCAGGGGUUUCGUGUAUUCACAGGGGGCGUCAUCUAGAGGAUUUCUUUUAGGAAUGUUUACUGGAGUCAGGCUUGCUCUCUUUGUACACAGAACCAUCAGUGGCAUCAAAACAGUACUGCUGUGUGCUUUUAGAGAAAUGCUAUGCGUCAGCCUAAGGACGUGGAGGAGGUGGUGUGUGCAGUGGGUGGGGGAAAAAAACAACAACAAAACAAGUGAACUGCACCGCACUAAGACAAGUAAGCAGUGAAUUUGCCUCCAAGUGGGAAACAUCUAAUAUUUAUUCACCCUCAUGUGGAGGGGCUCAUGUUUUUUCAUUGGAAACCAGGAUAAGGAAAAAGCACAUGCAUAUUAUGCAGUCAUGCUGUGAAAUGGCUUGGUAUGUUCUAGAUUCUUCAUUACCCCGACAAGUAGUCAAUUUCCUGUUAUUGAAAGUGCAACGAGUCUUCAAACUCGUUGGUACCAAAACUAACACACAGACACAAGGAGGGCGUAACUUAUUUUGCUUUCAACGUUAAAUGUUUUAUUUAGUGCUGUAUUCUUGUGAACUUGCAUCAAUACGUUAUUUGUUUCUUUUUGUACAAUGAUCAGCCUGUUGGCUUGAAU